GGCGCGGGCCAAUCAGCGGCGGCGGCUCGCGGCCCCCGAACGUUGGGACACAGCCCCGCCCCGCACUGUUGUUUGUGUGUCGGCGGCCGCGGGAGCCGGACCACAACACUAGCCGGGCGGGCUGCGGGGCGGCAAGGGUCCGGAGGCCGCGGGCGGCGGCGAGCGCGAGCCGAGGGCGGCCGGCCUCCCGCGGCCGCCGAGCCGGAUUGCGUGCCGGCCGGAGCCAUGUCGGUGAACACGGAUGAGCUGCGGCACCAGGUCAUGAUCAACCAGUUCGUGCUGGCCGCGGGCUGUGCGGCCGAUCAGGCGAAGCAGCUGCUGCAAGCGGCCCACUGGCAGUUCGAGACCGCCCUGAGCACGUUUUUCCAAGAAACCAACAUUCCCAACAGCCACCACCACCACCAGAUGAUGUGCACCCCCAGCAACACGCCGGCCACGCCGCCCAACUUCCCCGACGCCCUGGCCAUGUUCUCCAAGCUUCGCACCUCCGAGGGCCUGCAGACCGGCAACAGCCCCAUGACGGCCGUGGCCUGCUCCCCCCCCGCAAACUUCAGCCCUUUCUGGGCCUCGUCCCCUCCCAGCCACCAGGCUGCCUGGAUGCCGCCCUCCUCCCCAACGGCCCACAGCUUCCACCACCUCCACCGCCCACAGCCCGCGUGGCCCCCCGGAGCACAGCAGGGGGGCGCGCAGCAGAAGGCCAUGGCUGCCGCGGACGGCCAGAGAUGAGACUGGACGCCGCCGUGCGCUGGGCCGUCGGGGGUCGU